AUGAAUAACAAUGGAGGGAAUGCAAAUAACCCCAAUAUGUGGGGUAUGCCAAAUAAUAAUUUAGGGAAUAACAGUUUUUUUGGUACAAAUAUGAAUACCCAAAACAAUUUAAAUGAUAAUAAAAACAAUAGCUUAAAUAAUCAAACCAACAUGACUGGGAAUAAUAUGUUUUUUGGAACGAAUGUAAACAAUCAAAAUAAUAAUAAUAUUUUUGAAAAUAAUAUGAAUUCUCAAAAUAAUGUUGGCAAAAGUGAUAAUUCUAUUUUUGGAACUCCAUCAAAUGAUCUUAAUAAAAACAACAAUAAUAGCUUAUUUGGUAACCUUUCUUCAAAUACUUCUGUAAAUAAUAGUACCCCAAAUGCUUUUAAUGCAAACUUAUUUAAUGCCGCAAAAAAGGAUGUAUAUCCUGGAUUUACAAGAAGUUUAUUAGGGAAUUCACCAAAUAAUAGUUCUAAUAUGUUUAAGCAAAGUACACUAGGCAGUUCAAUAGCAUUAGGAAGCCAAUUAAAUGAAGACAGAGGAUCAGAAUCAGGGGGAUUGUUUUCAAAGGAACAAUUAGAAGCAGCUAAACAAAUAUUUGCAAAUUCAUCUUCCGGCAAUUUAUCAGGCUUUAAUAAUAAAUCAAAUAAUAAGUUAACAUUUAGUGGCGGUUUUUCAUCAAGUUCUAGUGCAUUUUCAAAAAAUAAUAUGAACCCUUUUCAGAGUAUGGCUAUGCAAGCAACUAAUCAAGAUGAUAAAUCACCACUUAUGAAUAAUAAUAUGAAUAAAUCAUUUUUUGGUGACGCAAAUAAUAAUAAUAUUAGUGGUGGUGGGAAACCUAGCCCAUUUGGUAUGUCUACCAUGAAUAAUUUAUCUUCACCAAAUAAAUUAAAUGAAAUUGGCCCAGGCGGAUUUAGUCAAGCUAUUAAGUCAUUUAAUCCAAAUAAUAAUAGCUUGUUUUCAUCACAAACCAAUACCGGUUCUACUACUUCUAACAAUACUGGUUCCACUACUUUUAAUAAUAAUGAUAGCUCUCAAAAGCCCCUUUUUCCAAACUUUAGUGGUGGCUUUAAUUCAUUUGCAAAGACAAACACAAAUGAUAUUUUUAAAACAAGUACUACGACUACAGAAAAUACUAAUACUAAUAAUACAAAUACCUCAUUUUCCUUUUUGCCAUCUUUUAAUGCUUCAAAAAAUAAUGAUAAUCCAUUCUCUUUAAAUUCAUUCAAUACAACAAAUAAUGAAAAAUCAAGUGGUAGUUUGUUCGGUUUUAAUAAUAAUAAUACCAAUACAACCUCAUCAGGCUUCUCAUUAUUUUCUAAUAAUAAUAUAAAUAAAACCACAACACCAGAUAAUUCAAUUAAUAGUGGUCUUAAUAAAGAUGGUGAAAAUAAAGCAAUUGACAAUUCCAAUCAAAACAUAGGUGAAAGUAAAGCUUCAGGAGUGACAAGUGUAGUUAGUGAGCCCUUUAAAGGAACUGAAGCAGAAAAAGAUAAAGAAAAGGCUGGUGAUAAAAAUGAAAAGAAUGACAACGAUAAGGAAAAAUCCGAAGCAAAUUCUACCUCUGAAAGUAAAAAGGAUGAAAAUGAUUCAUCCAAAAGCAAUGACAAAAAGUUAAUAGAUUCUAAAAAUGAAUCAAAAGAAAAACAAAGUAAUGAAAAUGAAAAAGAUGAUAAAAAAAAUGAAACUUCAGACAAAGCUAAAGAUAAUAAAGAUGGCACUAAUAAUGAUAAGAUGUCACUUUUUGGAAAAAGCUUAACAUUUGAUUCACCCUUUUUUAAAACGAGCACAACCAAUUUGACUGAUAAAAAAAGUGGUUUAGAACCAUCUAGCAGUUUAAAUACCGAUACAGAAAAUAAAAAGGAAAAAACUGGAUUUUUCUUUGGAAGUGACGAUAAAAAUAAAAAUGAAAAAACAAAUACUGGUACUGAAUCAAAAUGGGAUUUCUCAAAAUUUGGAAGUAGUAAUUUAUUUGGCAAAGAUAAGGAGCCUUUUUCCUUCGGCCUUAAGGAAACUAGUACUACUGACAAAAAAGAUGCAUCUACAAAUUUGAAAGAUAAUAAAAAAGAGGAAGAUGCCAAGCCUUCAGCAUCUACAGAAUCAAAAGAUAAAAAUAAAGAAGCUACCGCUGCACCGAAAAAAUCAAUAUUCAAUUUUGGAAUUAAAUCGAGUUUUUUAAACCAAGGCUCAAAAGAUAGUAAAGAUGAAAAAACAAAUGAAGGCAGUAAAGAAAAGGAUGGCGAAAAGCCGGCUAAAGAAGCUGAAGCUGACGAAACAGCUGCAGACGGAACUAAGGAUUCGAAUAAUGCUGAUGAUAAAAAGAAAUUUUGGAAACUUUCUUUUACAAAGAAAAAGGAUCAAACAUCUCCAGAUGCGCAAAAAGAAUCAAAAGAAAAUGAAUCAAAAAAUAACGACUUGUUUAAUAAAGCUCCAUCUCUGCAACCAAACGAUAUAACAUUAGGAAAAGGGAGUUUGUUUGGAAGUUUUACUAUGGAUAAUGAAAAAAAAAAUGAAGAUGCAAAAAAUACAAAAAGUGAUAAUUUUCCAGAUAUUAACGCUUUUGGGAAGAAUAAUACAAGCAUAAGCUUUAAUCAAAGUAGUUUAUUUGGAAAACCGGAUGAAAAAAGUAAUACAUUAUUUUCAUCAAGUAAUAACACUUUUCAAUUUUUUGGUUCUUCUCAAAAUGAUAAAAAAAAAACUGAAUUACAAACAAAAACUCAAAAUACAUUAGAAGUUAAAAAUAAUCAAAAUGCUGACGACGAAGAUGUAAAUAAUGUAAGUAAUCUAAUAAAUUUUAUAUCUUUAGAGGAUAGAAAAAAAAAUGUAUAUAUAAAUAAUAAAGUACAAUACGAUGACGAAAAUCAAGAAAAAACACAGAUUUCGUCAAAUUUGAAAUCUAAUAAUAAUACUGAACCAUCACAUCGCUCACAAACUGCUAAUUUUCAAUUAAAAGAAACAAAAGGAACUCUUAGAACGGAUAAUAAUGAUAAUUAUGUCGAUUUUAAUGAUAUUGAUUUUAUAAAUGGGGAACAGAGUCUAGAAAUGAGUAUGGAACAACAAAUGCAAUUAGAAAAUGAUAGGAAAAAUGUCGAAAAAAAUAUUAAAACAAAUGAAUACUUUUUUAAAAAAAAUUUAGAUCAAGAAAUGGCUGUUGAUGUUAUUAAUAAUUUAUCAUCUUUUGUUAAAAAUAAAAUUAAUUUUAUGAAUUAUUGUUCUAAUGAAAUCUUAGACAUAUAUAAUAAAGUAUCUCAUUAUGAAAAAAUGUAUGCAUUAAUAUCAGAAGAUCAAAUCAAAAUCGAAAAAAAACAGGAAUCGCUAGAAAAAAGAUUAAGACUUAUACAAAGUGAGCAAUGUGAUAUGCUUUCUUUACUUAAUGAACUCGAUAAUGAAAAUUCUUUAACUUUUUUAAAAGUUCUUAAUCAAAAAAAUUUAAACAAAGACGACAGUAUAAAUAAUAAAAAUCUUUAUCUUGAUAUUGAUAAAUUUGAAAAAUUAGCUGAUAAAAUAGAGAACUUAGAAGAACUAAUAGAUUCUAUACAUAACACUUCUAAGCAUGACAUAGUAAAUGAUAUAGUUAAUAAAUGCUAUACAAAUGAAAUAAAUUGCGAACAGAUAGAGAAGCAACUUAAUGGUUACUCCCACGAGCUAAGAAAUAUGAAGUAA